AUGGGUGAGCAUCUUGACGAAAAAUCCAUGCACGACUCUUCCGAGUCAAGUGUCAUGCAAGUGUCAAGUAAUGGCACACAGCAGAAGGUCAAAGCCAUCGAGGACGCUUGUGAACGGCUUGACUUCGAAGCUCUCGUCGAGCUAGCUACUUCAACCGGUGGUCUUCUGACCGAUGAGCUGCGUCGCAGAGCUUGCGAGAAUGACCUGCAGGGAGCAUCACGCAAGGCUUGGGAAACUCUACCCCGGCAUCCCGAUGAGGAUCAAGUCCAGCUUGACGUUGACCGAGCAUUUGUCUACUAUCCAAGAGAUCAGUCUGAGCAAGCCCUUCAGGAAAAGAAGGAACAAUUGUCCGACUUGAUUGUCUCGACCCUGAGGAAGCAUCCCUUACUUUCUUACUUUCAAAGUUAUCACGAUGUGGUACAAGUCCUUCUACUUGUUCUUGGGCAGAACCGCGCAGCCCACGCCGUUCCACGAAUGUCUCUUUUCCGCCUCCGUGACUACAUGUUACCAACAAUAGUCCCUGCAAGAAAACAUUUUGAGCUUGUUUCGGCAGUCGUGAGUAUUGCUGAUCCGGAAUUGGCAAAUCACAUCGCAGAGGCAGAGAAUAGUUUCGCUCUCUCAGCGACUCAUUCCUUGUUUGCGCAUGACAUACAAGACUACCGAGAGAUUGCACGGUUGUACGAUUUUCUCCUUGCACAUGAACCCGUCAUGAGCAUUUACUUGUUUGCCACAAUCACCAUAUCCCGGCGCGCAGAAUUACUCGAAUUGGAACCCGAUGAAUCCGACAUCCUUACCUACAUGAUCGCCAAAUUACCACAAAACCUCGAUAUCGACACUCUUGCCACGAAUACGGUGAGACUGUUUGAAAGCCAUCCACCAGAGAGCCUACGUGGGUUUCUCUGGUGGCGUCUAUCAUCGUACAGUGUUCUCAAAACGUCUCGAGACAUCAAAGCCUCACAGCCUCUUGAAAAGGCCGAGGCUUUGGGUCGGAAGCAGAUCCAGCAGUUGCGGUCAGAAGAAUUGAUGAAGAGGCGGUUCUUAUUGUUGUGCAAGUACCGAAGACCACUGACGUCGUUGACCGCCGCACUAGUGGUUGCUGCUCUUUCCCUGUAUCUUCGCAGAACAGGGCAGGAUCUGUCUCUUCGAUCACUCUUUGCAUGGGCGACGCGAUUGCUAUUGAGAAGAGAAUAG